AUGAAACAUUCUUCUGCCUUUGAGACAUCACCCAAUCGGGAUUUUAUGUAGAUUUUUCCAUUCAUUUAGUGUUGAAAAGUUUUCAGAAUAAAUCAAGACCAAAACUUCGUAUUGAAAUAGGAAAAUUCUCAAAAAAAACUGAUAAAUUUAGAGAAGACUAACAUAAUUAUCACCUGAAAUAAAUUUUUUCUUUUUUUACAGUUUUUUCACCCAAAAAUUAUUAUUUCCCGAUUUCAGAUAUGUUUCCGCAUUUGCGCAAACAUUUGAAGAAUGCAUCCAACUCGGAAUCUACACACAACAACAAGCUUUAACAUAUGUGACGAGUAAAGUCAAAGCGAGAAAGUUUACACCAUUUGGAGCGCCGCCAGGAACAUCGGUUUCAUAUAUUUCGCCGCCAAAAGAACAUGAAGCUGUUGAUUUUUUGUCGAAGUGAGUUGUGCAAAAUGUUUUAUUGAAAUUUGUCGUUUGAAAACAUUCUUAAAAAAAUGGAUUUUUUCCACGUGGCUAAUUGUUCGCCAAAAGUUUUGAAUUCAAAUUUUUUCCGGUAAAAUAAUCAGAUAAAAUGAACUUUAAAAAACACUCGUAUUUUUCCGCAAAAUUGAACAAAUUCUCAGAUUCUAAAAAAUUGAGAAAAUAAAGAAAAAUUUUGGUUCAAAGAAGUAAAAGAUCAGAAAUUUGUUGCCUGAAAAUAAUACGUUUCAACAUUUCUAUAUCAUUUUUGAAAUCAUUAAUUUCUUUGAUUCAGCACCUUUUUAAUUCAAUAAAUUGAUUUCUCAACUCAAUUUGUUUUGUUUUCAGUUCUAUGAUUACACACAUCGCUUGCCCAGACGGAAAUUUCAAAAUGAAAGCAAUUUAUUUGGGACAAAUGACACGUCGACUAAUUCAAACCGAAUUGGGAGAAAACGAUUUGGAUGAUCGAGAUUUUUAUGGAAAUAAAAGGCUGGAAUUAGCCGGUUCUUUACUUUCUCUACUUUUCGAAGAUGUUUUCAAACGUUUCAAUUCGGAAUUGAAACGAAUUGCUGAUAAUACAUUGAUGAAAACAACAGCAGCUCCAUUAGAUAUUGUGAAACAUAUGAGACAAGAUAUGAUAACUAAUACAAUUGUAAAUGCAAUGUCAACGGGUAAUUGGAUAAUUAAACGAUUUAGAAUGGAAAGAUUAGGUGUGACACAAGUAUUAUCAAGAUUAUCGUAUAUUUCGGCACUUGGAAUGAUGACAAGAAUUAAUUCGACUUUUGAAAAAACGCGAAAAGUAUCAGGACCUCGAUCACUUCAACCAUCUCAAUGGGGAAUGUUAUGUCCUAGUGAUACUCCAGAAGGAGAAGCUUGUGGUUUGGUCAAAAAUUUGGCAUUGAUUAGUCAUAUUACAACGGAUAGUGAUGAGAAACCUGUUUUAAGAUUGUUGUUGAAUUCGGGAGUUGAAGAUUUGCACAAUUUACAUUUUUCGCAUGUUAAUAAACCGUAAGUUUUUGGAAUAUUUUGGAAGAAGCCCGGGAAACAUUUCUUGUAGAAUUUUUCUUUAAAAUACUUCUAAACAAAAUAUCGUAGUUUUAAUUAAACUAUUCCAUGUCAUAUAAAUAUCAAAUCAAUAAAAAGUGUAUAUUUUUCAGAGAAAACACGUUGAUUUUCCUGAAUGGUAUUCUGAUUGGAACUGCAACUGAUCCGGAAAGAGUUGUAAAAGCAGUUCGAGAUGUUAGAAGAAGUGGACUUUUAUCGGAAUUUGUCUCGGUUUCUCGAUCUCUUCAACAAAGAUCGAUUUUCAUUUCUUCGGACGGCGGAAGAUUGUGUCGACCAUAUAUUAUUGUGCAAAAUGGGAAACCAAUGUUGACACAGCAAAAUAUUCAGGUACCCUAAAUUCUUAGCUUUUCUAAGGUCCCAGUUCUUGAAAUUUUGAAAACUGAUCAGAAGUUGACUAAAAAUCCGAGUUCUGAACUGAAAAUUACAAAUUACACAAUUUGUGAACUUUUUGCCCUAAAUUGAGUAUAUAAUAAUUAUUUUAUUCAGGAACUCCAAGAAGGCAAACGAAUUUUCGAAGAUUUUGUCGAUGAUGGAAUUGUUGAAUAUCUUGAUGUUAAUGAAAUGAAUGAUGCUUUAAUUGCUGUUUAUGAAAAUGAGAUCAAACAUGACACAACACAUCUAGAAAUUGAACCAUUUACUCUUCUUGGUGUUUGUGCCGGCCUUAUUCCAUAUCCACAUCAUAAUCAAUCUCCUCGAAAUACAUAUCAAUGUGCAAUGGGAAAACAAGCAAUGGGAACAAUUGCUUAUAAUCAACAAAAACGUAUUGAUUCAAUUAUGUAUUUGUUAUGUUAUCCACAACGGCCGCUUGUCAAAACCAAAACUAUUGAAUUGAUUAAUUUUGAAAAAUUGCCGGCGGGAGCAAAUGGAAUUAUUGCGGUUAUGUCAUAUAGUGGAUAUGAUAUUGAAGAUGCGUUGGUUUUGAAUAAAGCAUCUUUGGAUAGAGGAUACGGUAGAUGUUUGGUUUAUAAACAUGUUAAAGGAACAGCCAGGAAAUAUCCGAAUCAAACAUUUGAUCGAUUAUUGGGACCCGCGCUUGAUCCAAACACGAGGAAACCCAUUUUCAAGCAUAAGAAUCUUGAUCAAGAAGGAAUUGUGUUUGCUGGUGCGAGAUUGUAUGCAAAACAGACGAUUAUUAAUAAACACAUGCCGGUUGUUAGUGGAGGAACGAGUACGGGACCUGGAUCAGCGGCGAGUGCAAAUUCACGUGAGUUACGGGAUUUUAGGAGAGGGGAAUGUUAUAGCCCAAGGUUUAUUUUAAUAUGAAAUUAUGGAAAAAAAACUCUAGAUUGUGUCCUGUAAUAGCUGAAUAUUUUUAGAGAAAAAAGAAGAUAAAUCGUUGAAUUCAUCCCAAGAAAAAUUUAGUAAAUUCAAUUUUAACAAAAUUUAUUUUCAAAUUUUCUGGAUUUCAAAAUUUCUCGGAAGUUUGGGGUUUCGAGGAAUAUUGCUCGAAUUUUCUCGAAAUUUUUUCGGAAAAACAAAGUUUUAAUCGUCUGUAAAAAAUCCAAUUUUUGACACGAAAAAAACAUUUUUAUUCAAAAAAUAUCAGCAAACUUUUUACUGAAAAAAUUGAGUUUUUCCAAAAAUUUUAUUUUCUAGAUAGGUUUUUUGAAGCAUAUUUUUUAUUGUUAAAAAAUCGAUUUAUUUUGCUUUCAACUAUCUUAAAUUUCCUCCUUUAAAUCAAACCUCAAUGUUCUUCUCAAUAAUUCUCCCUUCCUUUUUUAUUCCAAAAACAUUUUGCAGUUGGAAUUGGUGGUCGACAAGUUGAUUAUAAAGAUGUCUCAAUUGGUUAUAAAAAUCCCAUUCCAUCAUACGCCGAAAGAGUUCUUCUAACUUAUAAUGAAGACGAAGCUCAUUUAUUCAAAGUUCUUUUGCGACAAACUCGUCGACCAGAACUCGGCGAUAAAUUCUCAUCUCGACACGGACAAAAAGGUGUUUGUGGUCUAAUUGCACAACAAGAAGAUAUGCCAUUUAAUGAUCUUGGAAUGGUGCCAGAUAUGAUUAUGAAUCCACAUGGAUAUCCAUCUCGAAUGACUGUUGGAAAAUUGAUGGAAUUGUUGUCGGGAAAAGCUGGAGUUAUGAAUGGAACUUAUCACUAUGGAACUGCUUUUGGUGGAGAUCAAGUUAAAGAUGUUUGUGAAGAAUUGGCAGCAAAAGGAUAUAAUUAUAUGGGAAAGGUGCGAAACAAUGUUCUCCAAUUAUAUUAUUUUUUCAUUUUUAUUUUUUCCAGGACAUGUUAACAAGUGGAAUCACUGGUCAACAACUCUCCGCAUACAUUUAUUUCGGCCCAAUUUAUUAUCAAAAAUUGAAACAUAUGGUUCUGGAUAAAAUGCAUGCUCGAGCACGUGGUCCACGAGCUGCGUUGACUCGACAACCAACUGAAGGAAGAUCGAGAGAAGGAGGAUUGAGAUUAGGAGAAAUGGAAAGAGAUUGUUUGAUUGCUUAUGGAGCAUCGAUGUUGUUGAUUGAAAGAUUGAUGGUUUCGUCCGAUGAGUUUAAGGUUAGAUUUUUGAAUGUUUUUUGGGGAAAAAUUGGGUGAAAACUAUCGUGAGGACAACAUCUCACAUCUUAGUACGAAGGUUUUGCCAUCGAGCCGAAAAUACGCGAAUUUUCAGUUUAAAAAAUAAAAAAAUAACGGAAAAAAUGAAAAUUGAGGAAUUUUUAAUGCGAAAAUCGUUUGACAUCGUCUCAAAACUGUCAUAUGUUUUCAAAAAUUGAACUCAAAACAUUCGAAAACUGUUUUGAUGAUUUUUUCUCCUCGAGCUUCAAAAUCAUUUUUCUUAAAUUAUCUCCAAUAUUUUGAAUCCGACGAAUCCCUAUGAAUAUUUUAAAUCAAUUCACCGAAAAAUUGAUCAAUAUUUGCAUUGUUAGCCUAAAAUCAGAAGUUUUUUCCCCGCUCAUCAUCACACUUUUUUCUUCUUCGGCUAGUAACAAUUUCGAGUGGAUUUUUGUAUUUGCGCGUGGGUUGUUGGCCAAACGAAAGAGUUUUUCGGGGGUUUUUCUACGCAAUAUUGAACAAAUUGAGAGAUGGAGAUUUGUUAUGUGAACUGUUUGAGAUUUGAGUUAGAGAAAAUUGAGGGGAAAUUGAUUAUUGAAAAGCAUGAAAUAAAAUUUAUUCUAAAAAGAUCACGUUUGAAGUUUACCUGAUUUUUGAACAAGGAAAUCUAGUUUUCAACACAAUUUUCAAAGAAUUCGGAAUUCCUUCAACCGAAAAUUAGGAUUUAUUUUAUCGUAUCUUUCUUAAUCAUGUUCUAGAAAAUUUACUGUUUAAAAAUACAACAUUUUUUAUCUUAAUUAGCUUAGAAAUCGAAAUUUCAAGGUUAAUCUGAAUCUGAACCGAUUUCUCGGAUCUCUCCUUCGAAUUCUCAGAAUUUGUUUUUUUUUCAACAAGAUAGUGAUGUUAUCUUUUAGAUUCGCUUCGUUUCAUUUCUCUCUCAAAACACACAUAUUUUGCCACUUUUGCUCUUUGAAUCAAACAAAAAGGUCCCUCCUCAUUUCCCUCUUUUUUUCUGCCUUUCUUCCUCCAAUCAUUUUUUUAGUCCCAAAUAUCUUUCGUUUUUCAUUUAUCUUACUAUUCUUCCCGCGAGAUCCGACGAAAAAUAGCACGAUAAAAUAGGAGAGUCGAAAUGAUUAUUGGCAAUAUCUGUGCCUUCGCCUCCCUCACUUCUUCUUCUUCUUUUUCUUCGUUUACUCUUUUUUCUGUUUGUCUCUGAGAUCUCCUCUAUUUUAUCCGAUGGGAAGAAGAAGCUCAUACGAGUGGAAUGCCGAGAAAUUGUGCAAUUCAAGUGGCACACACACGCGGGAUGAUGAAAAAAAAAGAACUAUGAAGAAAAACGAAGAAAUGAGAGAAAGAGAUGAGACAGAGAACAAACGCAUGGAAAUUAAUCAAUGAGCAGAUCAGUUAGCUCUAGCUGAAAAUAGAUUUUGAUCUUGACUGGAAAAUAGUAGACGCUGAAAAUGAAGGAAAUCACGAAAUGACUAUGUUCCUUUGAGCUUAUGGGUCUCGCAACGAUUUCUGAAUAUAGAUUUUCUUUUGUCUUGUCGAGAAUAUGAAAAUUGAAGAUGACUAUGUUCCUUUAACCCUAUGGGUCUUGCAACAAUUUUUGGUCUCGUUGAAAUAAAAACUGGACUAGGGAAUUUGAAGUUAUCUUGAAAUUUGAAUGUUAAAGAAAUAGACAACUUUUAAGCUACGGUUCAAAGCAGCCCAAAAUGACUUUCUUCAUACUAUUUUUAACACAUCUGCAAAGCGAGAACUUUCAAAACCCACUCUAAACCUUUUUUGGAGCAAAAUAAAAAAAAUAAAAAACCCUCGUUUGAAAAUAAAAAAAUUGCCGCGAUUGUGUGAGCGCACUGUCACGCGGAGUCUCGUUGUUUUACUUUUAUUUUUCGUUUUUUGGCAAAAUCAAGAAACCUAAAGAAAUCGGAUAAAAACAUGGAAAAAUCUAGCAAAUUCAUUAAAAGAAACAGUUUACAUAACAUUUGAGUGAACAUUUGAGCAAAGAGAUGUUUGGAUAGGCUUUGAAACUUCAAAAAGUGGCGAAAUCUUGAAAAUCGCAAAAUUCGAGUAUUAUUUUGCGAAUCAUCACUUUGUUGAGCCUCCACAUUCAUUAUUACCGAAUAUUGACGUCGUUUUCUGAAAUUAGCAACAAUUAAAUCACUUUCAGAUUGAUUUUUCAAUAAAAAUUUGAAAUUUGAUGGGCUCACAGCCAAAAUCGUUGCAAAACUGACAAUUCCAAUUGUUUUUUGUUAGAUUCUGCCUAGAGUCACUAUCAUCUAGCAUCAAAGUUGAACAAAAAACUCACAAAACAUCAGAAUCCGCUUGAAUUUUCCAUUUCCAUCGAAAAUCCUUCGAAACUUGUAAAUAGUCGAGUUUUCCCUGAAAAUGAACAUGAAAACUAUGAAAUGUUUAUGAAAACUCACCGAAAUAUCAACAAAUACAAUUCCUGAUGUGCUGCAAUACUCAAAAACCAAUUUUCAUCGCGAAAUUCCUUUUUUUCGUGAAAAAAACGAAAAAAAAAAUAAAAGUAAAAAAAUUGUCUGCAAACACGCGUUCAAAUACACACCGUCGCCCAAAAAUGCACUAGAUUAUCUAGAACUCGGCGGGCGUUCAAAUUCGAAUUAUUUUUUUUCAACCCUGCGCCAUUUAUUUCAACGGGCGUAUUUCGGAUGAUUUCUUAUUGGAAAGUGUGUAGAAAAGUAAGAAAAAUCAAAAUAUUGGGGCAGCCUGAAACUCAGUUUUAAAAGUUGACUAUUUCUUUAAGCUAUUUUUGAAGCUGGACAAAAUUCUGCGAAAAUUAGUUUUUCAAUUUUCUCCAACCAUAUUCUACAUUAGAUAUUCAGUCAAUCUUUGAGAUACGCAGCCAGUGUUUCCAACCGAUUUACACUGUGUUUGAGUAGCUAUUUGUUCAUCUCUUUUGAUUUGUCCGAACUUGAAGCAGCAUGAAUUUUCUCGUUUUCGACAACCCAUUUUUAUUCAUAAAGUAUCCCAAAAAACAUCCGAACUUUGGAACAAAAAAUCUAUAAUUUAAAAGUUUUGAAUUAUUUCUAUGAAAAUCAUACUCUAGCUUUUCUUAUGCCGUAAAUUUAGGUUUUUUUUCAGAAUUCUGGCCCAACAUUCUAGAGUUUUCUUGAAAAUCGAAAAGUUCCACUCUAAUCCUUUUAUUCCUUCAGGUUGAUGUUUGCACUGGUUGUGGUUUGAUUGGCUCAAAAGGUUGGUGCCAAAAAUGUCGUUCGAGCAAAACAAUGGCAAAUAUCAAAAUUCCAUAUGCGUGCAAAUUGCUCUUCCAAGAAUUGCAAUCGAUGAAUAUCAUUCCACGUCUUGAUUUGGCUCGUUAUACCGAAUAA